GUGGUCAUUGCCAGACCACGUAUGCACUUCGACAGCUCUACGUGGAGGGGCAAGCCAUGAUCCUGGGUGAGGAAGGAUGGCCCAUCGCCACAGCCAAGGGGAUGCAGUUCGAGAUCACCGGCAAGGGUGCCUUGGAGGCUUCAGAUGACACCAUUGUCAUGGGCAACCUGGGCUAUUUCCAGGCUUUGCUCAUGGCUAUGCCCCUGGACCUUGACCCAAAAAUCCUCCCGUUGCCCGCGUGCAGCGCCAUGAGUGCCACUUGGACGCUGGUGUCCUUCAUCACGGCCUUUCUAGCGGAACUCAGCGGUGCAGCCCUAGGCUUCGGGCCAGCCAUUCUCUAUGAAAUUUCUUGGCAACUUUGCUGUGUCUUCGGGCUCACAAGCGGUACACUGGAAAAGGCAGUCUUCCAUAUCGUCUUGCAGGAGGCGGCCUGCAGCACAUUUCAACUGCUGGUGCUGCGCCACUUCUGGCGACCACGGCUGGCGGCACAGCUAGCGUUGCCCUUUCUGGCAACCGUACCGCUUGGUACCGCGUUACUGGAACACUUCGGCCACUCCCUGCUGGCCAAACAGAUCCUGGGUGGGGCCUUUCUGCUGCUGGCAGCAUUCAACCUUUGGAGACAGCAUGCUAGGCACAUGCAUAGUUUGGCACACAAGCAGAACAUGGAGGAGUGUCACUGGUUUGUGAUGAUCGGCCUGGCCCUGACGGCUGCCAGUGCGGGUCUACUCCGUGGCGCCUUAGGGGUGGCAGGACCCCCUUUCAUGGUCCUGCUGCUCUUCUUCAGCGUGGACCGAGAAGUGUGGCGUUCUGUGGCCAACUUUAUCCGUUUCACGGGGAUGCUGGUGCAGGGACUGAUGCUAGGCUUUGACCAUCAGGUCGAUUUGUCAGAUUGGCCAACCUAUUUGGCUCUGAUUUUCGGUGGCCUGCUGGGCUUGUUGGUCGGGAAACCCAGGCAUGACUUGGACUUGGGCAGAGCUGGAAAUCAGCUGGCGGAAAAGGUGGAUGGUACUGCCUUCCAUCGAUGGCUCUUAUUAUUUCUGGCGGCUGGGGGAUUGCUGAUGCUGAGCUCUGGGACGCCUGGCGAUGGAGCUAGGAAUCCAGUUCUCAGCGGGUGCUUUGCAGCCCUGGUGGCGGUAAGUGCCUUAUUGGUCCUCGUCUCAGUGACGAGAGGAGCAUCGAGUGAGUCAAGACUCAUGUGCAAUGCCAAUGUGGAGAAAGUGGAGCUGCAAGAUAAAGGCAACUCACCACGCUGUGAAGCGGUGAGUGAAACGGAUGUUCACAAUUUCAUACCAGAAGGCUAUGUAGAAGACUAA